AUGUCGCAUCACUCCGAGCUGAUGGCCAGUCUCAGCGACAGUGGCCUCUCCCCGGUCAGCGUCUCCCAGUCGGCGUACAACGGCGUCGUCAGCAAGUCAGAGCCGAUGUGCGACGAUCUGGCCACCUCGACGACCACCUACACCACACUGCAGUCAGCUGGUACUGCUCCCGUCAGCACCAAUACUCACAACGGACACUACGCCGCACAGCAGUCCACGGUCAAUCAGAGCGGAAUGGCACAGAGCGGCAACGCUUCCUCCUCUUCGGCGCCGCCACCGCCGCAGGCAAAGGGCGUCAAACGCAGUGCUCCCAGUGCUACCGCCACCAAGUCAACGUACAGCAAUGGCGGGAAAGCCAACGGCACAGCCUCCGCCAAUGGCACAUCUACGGCUGCCGCUAGUGGCAGUGGUUCUGCGGCGAGCAGCGGUAGAGCGAGCACUGGCGGCGGCAAGAAGACCAAAGGCCGUGUCAAAAUCAAGAUGGAGUUUAUCGACAACAAACUGAGACGGUACACCACCUUCUCCAAGCGGAAGACCGGAAUCAUGAAAAAGGCAUACGAACUGUCGACACUGACGGGCACUCAGGUGAUGCUGCUGGUGGCCUCGGAGACCGGUCACGUCUACACUUUUGCCACACGAAAGCUCCAACCGAUGAUCACCUCUGACGCGGGCAAGGCACUCAUUCAGACCUGUCUCAACUCCCCUGACCCCAGCGGACUGAUGACCGGCGCUGGGGUGGGCAAUGACCAGCGAAUGUCGGCCACUGGCUUUGAGGAGACUGAACUCUCCUACUCGGUCAACGGCGAUGACUGCUCUCCACUCAAUGAUAAG